AUGGCGUCUGUAUAUAUAGUGAUUUUUGAAAGAGAAAAAGAACAAAAGCUUAGGGAGAAAGGAAAAGAUGAAAUUCAAAGAGUGUUGGAGGAAAGAGUGGACAUGUUUAAUGACAACGAAGGUACAGCUUGUGCCGUAUUGGAACUUUCUGUGAGGAAUUUUUUCAGACUUGGAUUUUUCAGCCCCGUUAAUUCCAUAAAUCGCUAUGCAGGAAUCUUGUACAAUAAAGUUUCGGUGACAACUCCAAUCUGGGUAGCUAACAGAAACAAGCCGCUCAAUGAUUCUUCAGGAAUUAUGACAGUAUCAGAUGAUGGAAAUCUUGUUGUCUUGAAUGGAAAGAAUGAGGUUCUUUGGUCAUCAAAUGUUACAAAUGGAGUUCAAAAUUCAAGUGCGCUGCUUACUGAUGAUGGAAACUUAGUACUGCAAGAUAAAACCAACGGGAACACAUGGGAGAGCUUUCAGCAACCCUCCAAUGUAUUGGCGAGGAAUAUGAGACUUACAGCUGGUGAAAGAGCAGGAGAGAAUAUAGUGCUACGAUCAUGGAACUCCCAUUCUGAUCCAUACAUUGGAAGCUUCUCCGUUGGCAUUGAUGAUUUAGAGGUUCCUGAAGCUUUCGUUUGGAAUGGUAGUCGUCCUUAUUGGCAAAGCGGUCCAUGGAAUGGUCGGAUCUUUAUCGGAAUUCCUUGAAUGGUAUCUGUUUAUCUUAACGGAUUUACUCUAACUGGAGAUACUUCGCGAUUCACUUUUUCAGAUGAGUCUACUCUUUAUAACUAUCUUUUAGACCCUAAUGGAGAAUUCUCGAGAAAAACUUGGGUUAAUAAAACGGAGAGUUGGGAAACUGAUUGGCAAAUUCCAGAAACUGAAUGCAAUGUUGAUGGCAUAUGUGGGGUGUUUGGAGCCUGUAAUCCACAGAAUUCUCCAGUCUGUAGUUGUUUGAGAGGGUUUGAGCCAAAAAAUGCUGACGAAUGGACUAGAGGCAACUAGACCAGUGGUUGUGUUAGAAGAAGAUAUUUGCAGUGUGAGAGAACAGAAAAUGGUGGUGAAUUAGGAAAAGAAGAUGUGUUUUUAAAGCUGGAGACAAUGAAAGUGCCGGAGUUUGCACAUUGGUCAAAUAUCCUUGAACAAGAGUGUAAACAGGAUUGCUUGAAUAAUUGUUCCUGUGUUGCCUGUUCAUAUUAUUCAGAUUUUGGUUGUAUGUCAUGGACUGGAGACUUCAUUGAACAAAACUCACGUGACAUACAGAAGUUCUCCAUUGGAGGGGCAGAUCUAUAUAUUCCCCUCGAAUAUUCAGAACUUGAUAACAAUAAGAACAUAAAAGUUAUUAUCAGUAUGACAGUGGCAGGAGCAAUUGUCCUUCUCUUAUGUGCAAUUUUUAUAUGGAGGUGGAAGGCUAAGCAUAGAGACAGGAAAAGAAACUUAUUAGUCGAAAGGAAGGACAAUCAUCCAACAUUUUCAGAUGUAAACAAGCUCAUGGAUAAUGUGAACCAAGUAAAACUUCAGGAAUUACCAAUAUUCAGUUUACAGGAGUUGGCCACUGCAACAAACAACUUUGAUAUAGUUAAUAAACUUGGGCAGGGUGGUUUUGGUCCAGUGUACAAGGGAGAUUUUCCUGAUGGACAAGGCAUAGCUGUGAAAAGACUGUCAAGAGCAUCUGGACAGGGGCUAGAAGAAUUUAUGAAUGAGGUAGUGGUGAUCUCAAAACUCCAGCACAGGAAUCUGGUGAGACUUCUUGGGUGCUCAGUUGAAGGAGAAGAAAAGAAGUCGAUUUACGAAUACAUGCCAAAUAAAAGCUUGGAUCAUCACAUGUUUGAUCCGCUUAAGAAAAAAAUUCUACACUAGAGAAAACGCUUCCUCGUUGUUGAAGGAGUUUGUCGAAGCCUCCUUUACCUUCAUAGGGAUUCCAGACUCAGAAUUACUCAUAGAGAUUUGAAGGCAAGUAACAUCUUGUUAGACCAGGAACUGAAUCCUGAAAUUUCAGACUUUGGAAUGGCCAGAAUUUUUGGUGGCAAUGAAGAUCAAGCUAAUACUAGAAGAAUUGUUGGAACUUAUGGUUAUAUGUCGCCUGAAUAUGCAAAAGGACGAUUUUCAGAGAAAUCGGAUGUUUUUAGUUUUGGAGUUUUGUUAUUAGAGAUUGUAAGCGAGAGAAGAAAUACUAGUUUUUAUGACAAUGAGGAAGCUUUGAGCCUUUUAGGAUUUGCAUGGAAAUUGUGGAAUGAAGGCAACGCAGCUGCUCUAGUAGAUCCAGUACUAUCUGAUCCUUGCUAUCAAGUUGAAAUCUUUAGAUGCAUACAUGUGGGUCUGUUGUGUGUGCAACAGUUUGCAAGAGAUAGGCCUGCUGUAUCCACUGUCUUAUCAAUGCUAAAUAGUGAAAUUCUGGAUCUUCCCAUUCCCAAGCAACCGGCAUUCUCUGAAAAUCAAAUUAACUUACAUUCAGAUGCCUCUCAGCAGAGCCGGAAGAAAUGUUCGGUUAACAAUAUGACAAUCGCAAUUAUUGAUGGUCGAUAAAGAACAAGUUCAUGUAUACUAAAAAAAAUGGCAAUAUACAGCUGCCUACUAACUAUUUUUCUUUUACUUUGUUAUUCUAUGAAUUCUUGUGCUGCCAUUGAUACGAUCACAUCAUCGCAACCCGUUAAUGAUCCUGAGACUGUAGACUCUCCUGGAAAUAUCUUCAAACUGGGUUUUUUCAGCCUCGGUAAUUCCUCCAACCGAUAUGUUGGAGUAUGGUACAGUCAAGUUUCUCCAAGAAAUAUAGUAUGGGUUGCUAACAGAAAUCGGCCACUCAAUGAUUCUUCAGGAACUAUGACAGUUUCAGAUGGAAAUCUUGUGAUCUUAAAUGGGCAGCAGGAGAUUCUUUGGUCAGCGAAUGUUUCAAAUCGAGUCAAUAAUUCAAGGGCACAUCUUAAAGAUGAUGGAAACCUUGUCUUGCUAGAUAACGCAACUGGAAACAUCAUUUGGGAGAGUUUCUACGAACCUUGUGAUACACUUUUGCCAAAUAUGAUGCUUAGUUCAAAUAAAUUAACAGGUGAGAAGAAAGUACUAACAUCCUGGAAAAGCCCUUCUGAUCCAUCUAUUGGAAGUUUCUCUGCAGGCAUUGAUCCCAAUAGAAUUCCUCAAUUUUUUGUUUGGAAAGAAAGUCUACCAUAUUGGCGGAGUGGUCCAUGGUUCGGCCACGUCUAUACUGGAAUUCCUAAUUUGAGUUCUAAUUAUCUUAAUGGGUUUAGUAUUGUAGAGGACAAUGGAACGUACUCGGCAAUUCUGAAAAUUGCAGAAAGUCUCUACAACUUUGCUUUGGAUUCUGCAGGAGAAGGUGGAGGAAAAGUUUGGGAUCAAGGAAAAGAGAUAUGGAAUUAUAUAUUCAAAAUUCCAGGAAAGUGUGGUGUAUAUGGUAAGUGUGGGAAAUUUGGAGUCUGUAAUGAAGAAAAAUCACAUAUCUGUAGCUGUUUGCCAGGGUUUGUACCAGAAAAUGGAAUGGAAUGGGAAAGAGGAAACUGGACUAGCGGUUGUGUUAGAAGAAGAUCUCUGCAGUGUGAUAAAACACAAAACAGUAGUGAAGUAGGUAAAGAAGAUGGAUUUCGGAAGCUCCAAAAAUUGAAAGUGCCAGACUCUGCUCAAUGGUCUCCCGCCAGCGAACAACAAUGUAAGGAAGAGUGCUUGAGUGAUUGCUCUUGCACAGCUUAUUCAUAUUAUACUAAUUUUGGCUGUAUGUCAUGGAUGGGAAACUUAAAUGAUGUACAGCAGUUCUCUAGUGGAGGACUGGAUCUUUACAUACGCCUACAUCAUUCAGAAUUCGGUAACAAAAGACACAUGCUCGUUAUUAUCAGCGUAACAGUGGUUCUUGGAACAAUUGCCACUGCUAUCUGUACUUUUUUUAUAUCGAAAUGGAUUGUUAAAUACAAAGAAAACGGGAAAAGCAAGCAGAAGUUUUCACCUAAGACGACAGAAGAUCUCCUGACAUUUUCUGAUGUAAAUAUUCAUAUAGACAACAUGAGUCCUGAAAAACUUAAGGAACUGCCAGUUUUCAGUUUACAGAGUCUAGCCACUGCAACAGGCAACUUUGAUAUAACUAAUAAGCUUGGGGAGGGUGGAUUUGGUCCAGUGUACAGGGGAAAAUUGACUCAUGGACAAGAAAUAGCUGUGAAAAGAUUAUCAAUAGCAUCUGGGCAGGGACUGCAAGAAUUUAUGAAUGAGGUUGUGGUGAUAUCAAAACUCCAACACAGAAAUCUGGUGAGACUUCUUGGUUGUUGUGUUGAAGGAGAAGAAAAGAUGUUAGUGUAUGAGUACAUGCCAAAUAAAAGCUUGGAUGCAUUGCUCUUCGAUCCACAUCAGAAAGAGCUCCUGGAUUGGAGAAAACGAUUUCACAUAAUUGAAGGAAUUUGUCGAGGUCUCCUUUACCUUCACCGUGAUUCCAGACUCAGAAUUAUUCAUAGAGAUCUCAAGGCAAGCAACAUCUUGCUGGACCAUGAACUGAAUCCAAAAAUUUCAGACUUUGGGAUGGCAAGGAUCUUUGGCAGCAAUGAAGAUCAAGCUAACACUAGGAGGAUUGUCGGAACUUUUGGCUAUAUUUCACCUGAAUACGUAACGGAAGGAGUGUUUUCAGAAAAAUCUGAUGUCUUUAGCUUUGGAGUUCUACUGUUGGAGAUUGUUAGUGGCAGAAAGAAUUCUAGCGUUUAUAAAACUAAUCAAGCUCUGGGGCUUCUAGGAAUUGCAUGGAAAUUGUGGAAUGAAGGCAACAUAGCAGUUCUAGUUGAUCCAGUGCUACAAUCUGACCCAUGUUUUCAGGUUGAAAUUUCUAGAUGCGUACAUGUAGGUUUGUUGUGUGCACAGGCACAUCCAAAGGAUAGACCAGCUAUGUCUACUGUGAUAUCAAUGCUGAAUAGUGAAAUUGUGGAUCUUCCAAUUCCAAAGCAACCGGCAUUUGCCGAAAGCCAGGUUAGCCUAGAUUCAGAUACCUCUCAGCAGAGCCAGAAGAACUGUUCUGUUAACAUUGUGACAAUCACAAUUGCUGAUGGCCGAUAAUUUACAAGCUCAGAUAACGAGUAUUAUCUGUUUCUGGCUUAUAUAAAUUGCCACAAGACGGAUGUAUAGAAACUACACUUGUUCAGUAUGGAUCAGACACAAGGGAUAUAAAAAUUGAAAUCAAGUUUUUGUUGUAUCCUGUAUCUAUUUCUACUUGUUUUUUUUUUUCCAUAUAUUAUUCAUUUGUCAAAGCUCAACGAGAAAAACAACUCGAUGGCAUUUGAAGGGUUGUCGUUUUCAAUUGGAAUAUUAUUAGUAGUCCCAGGGUC